GCUUACAACACGUCGACAACGUUCUGAAAAAGCAACGAACACUUCAUCAUAACACACAUACCCUCUCACCGUUACUUACCUCUCUCUCUCUCUCUCUCUCCUUUGUGGUUCACAUUCAUUUCUACAACGCUUUUGUAUUCCUCUGUUGUUGUGUGCAUUUUCAUGAUGGCGCUGCCGAAGCUCUUCCUUCUCUUAACGCUUUUUUCCUUAGCCCUAUUCUUCUCACGCCUCGUGGCUGAGUCCGAAGCUGGACCACCAGAAGUAGCGCCACUCGAUGCUUCUGAUUCGGUUUUCGAAAUCGAGUUGGAUCGGCUCAAGUCCAAGAUCCAAACUCUUGAAUCUAAAGUCAGUGAAAAAUCCAUGGAAGUGAAGAUGAAGGAUGAAGUUAUAGCAGAAAGGGAAAAAAUCAUUCAAGAUCGGCUUAGUACAAUUGAUUCCUUGCAGAAUGAGAUUGCUUCUCUUGAGAAAAAAGGGGCAUUGGAUGCUGAGGAGCAGGUUGGAAAGGCUCAUGCACGUGCUGGUGAACUACAAACACAGGUGGACAAGCUUAAAGGGGAACUAGAUAAACAGAACAAGGAGAAAGUGGCUUUGGAAGCCCGUAUAACUGAAGCAGAGAAAAAGAUUCAUGACUUAAACUCAAAGAAAGAGGAUCUUGAAAGGAUAAAUGACAAGCAAAAGACAAAAAUUCGUAAAACUGAAAGUGCUGUUAAGGCUGCAGAGGAAGAAAUGUUGAAGGCGAAGUUUGAGGCAACAUCCAGAACAAAAGAGCUAAUUGAGGUUCAUGAUGCUUGGCUUCCACCUUGGCUUGCUGUACAUUUCAUCCGCAGUAAGACUUUCAUUGAGGCUCAUUGGAAUGAACAUGGAAAACCUGCUUUUGAGGUGAUUACUCAGAAGGCCUUGGAGAAAAAGGCACAAGCUGGAAAGUGGGCUGAACCUCAUCUGGAAACAAUUAAAAUUAAAUGGAUACCGGCUGUAAAAGAGCAGUGGCUAGUGGCAAAAAGAAGUGCUGAACCUCAACUGCAAUUUUUUACUGCAAAAACUGUUGAGGUUUAUGAGGCAUCAAAAAAUGCAAUUGCUCCUCACUUAAACAAGGCACAAGAAUUUGUAGAUCCUUAUUAUCAGGAGGCUAAGAAGUUUAGCAAGCCAUACAUUGAUCAGGUUGCAGUUGCAGCUAGACCUCAUCUAGAUAAAGUACAGGUGGCUUUGAAGCCCUACACAAAGAAGGUUGUUCAUUCUUAUGGGAAGUUCUUAGAAUCAGCCGCUAUAUAUCAUCGUCAGCAAAAAGGUGAAGAAACCUGAUCAGAAUGGGAACACCCACCGUGCAUGACGUAAAGCUAAACGACGGCAUCCAGACAAGUAGAUAGCAUGCAGUUGGUUCCUGCUUGAUUUUUCGCAUGAUGUAUAUAGGUAUCCUUUUCUAUCGUUGGCUCAGGAUAGCUUUAUGCAUGUGAUGUUUUCAUCUUCUGUUAUUUUAUGUGGCAUGUGUCAUGAGUCAUGCCUUGAUUUCUUUGACAUUGGCCCUAUGUUACGCAUCUUCAUGUACUUCUCUGGUAGGAUUUACGUUGCAAAUGUUAAUAGAGUAAGCACCUUUGUCAUCAUGGAUUGUUUCCGAUCUUUAGCUGUCAAAUGUGCCGUUCAUUGAGUACUGAACUGAACAUCCUCAAUGUUCUUAUUUGAUCUUAAAAAUGCAUAAACCCUGAUUAGUUAAACAUUUUUCUCAGGGAACGGAAAAAGGGAGCUCUAAUUCACUAUGGGAAGAAUAUUCUUUAAGCUGAGAAGCUGGCUCCCUUUGCAAUCUUAGCCUUGCUUAAAGAUUCCAUCACCAAAAUGCAGCCUUUUGGUCUGCAAGAGUUAAGAUUCCCCCUGUCAUGUAUAGACUUAUAGCGUAGCCUUUAAGAAUGUGUUUAUCACUGUAUCACAUUUUCUCACUCUGUUACCAUGAUGUGGUGUUCAACUGUCCAAACCUUUAAUACUAUGCUAGCACCUGAGUAGGUCUUAAUCU